AUGGCUCAUCGCCGCCCCUGUGCCUGCAAACAUUGCCAGUGUCGCAGCCACGCCCAAGAGCCCGACCAUUAUUACAAUUCCGAACUAAAACCAAGCUCGCGAGCCUUGACACCGACACUCUGUCUUGUCUGCGAGCGCGUCGAGCUCUGGGGUAAAAACGACCCGACGUAUCGCGGCUGUAACUGUACGUGCAAGUGCAAACUGGAGCGAGAGAACGGUUCGACGCUUUGCGGUGACUGUGGCGAACAGAAUAGGUUGAACCCGCGACGACAUAGACCGCAUGGCGAGAGUAGGAGAAAGGUUGAGGGGGCUUAG